GGUUGAUUAUCAAACUAAACCAGGUAAUACUGGGGUGUCUUCAUUCAAACAUCUGCUUGCACGACUACCUCCAAGAGUUCAUUCGGUAUACUAUCGGGAUGGAAUUGGGAAUAUUUCAUCUUCACGUUUACGUACAGAUUUUUUUAAGUCAGAACUAUUAAUUGAGCCUCGUUAUCCUCUAUUUGGAGGCUGGAAGUCUACCUUUGUCAUUGGUUAUGGGGUACCAUUGGAGGAUUUCCUUUUUGAGUCUCCAGAUGGUGGCCGAUACCUCAACUUCACUUUUGGUUGUCCUCUUGCUGAUACAGUUGUUGACAAGUUGCUUGUCAAGGUUGUGCUACCAGAGGGAUCCAAAGAUCCCAAAGCUGUCAUCUCAUUUCCCGUGGAGCAACAUCUAGAGAUCAAGCAUUCAUACCUUGACGUUGUUGGCAGGACUGUGGUGGUUUUAGAAAAAAGAAAUGUAGUGCCUGAGCAUAACAUUCCUUUCCAGGUCCACUACAAUUUUAACCCUAUCUUCAUGCUUGCUGAGCCAUUAAUGCUGGUGUCUGCAUUUUUCUUCUUUUUCGUGGCUGCUGUGUCAUACCUUCACCUGGAUUUUUCUAUACGCAAGUGAUGUCAGAAAGCGACUGUGCAAGAUCCGAAGUUGCUGGGAAAUGGGAAUCCUUUGAUGUAAGAUGAUAAGGUCAAACAACUUUUUUGUAGAAAUUAUACUUAAAUAUACGGCAGCAUUAAAUUUUUAUAAUAUUUAAGUUAGAGAAUAUCAGGAAUUCAGGAUUGUCUGCUUUUUAUUUUACAAUGGUUGUGUCAAAGCCGGUGAGUGGUGAGCUUCGCAGCCGAUGAGAAGCAAAUUUUGGUGAGGGCGUUUUAUGCAGUUUCCAUA